AUAGACAUGUUCAGGGGCGGACAACUCAUGGGGCCCCCGGUCAAUAGGGGAUCAUGGGACUGCUGUAUCCUUGCCCAAACUCAAAAAAUCCUAUGAAAAAGGUACCAGGGGCAUCUCAUGGGGCCCCCUACUGACCUCGGGCAGUGCCCAAGUUUCCAAAUGGUCAGUUCGCCCCUGGACAUAGGGUGUGCACAAGAUGCACUAAUUAGUCAAAUUGUAUAUAAACACAGGCAACUUUUAGGGCAACAUUGCAUUUGUUCACAAAUUAAUUUGGCUUGAUUUUAUUUUAUCCUUAAUGAGCUUUUCAUUUUUUUGUUAUUUUU